UCUUUUACAAUAUUUAAAAUGUUUACAUUCAUUAAAUAUUCUACAAUCCGAAGAUAAUUAUGGUCAUUUUGUUAAUGUUGAACCAUUUUGUACAAUGUUUCCUCAAAUUGAACAUCUUGAUAUUCCAAUUGAUAAUCUUGAUAGUUGUCAAUAUCUUAUUGAUCGAUUAGAAAAAUAUUUAAUUAGUAUUGUUUUUCGUUUUCAAAAUAAUGAAGAAGACGAAGAUGAUGAUGAUGAUGAUGAUGAGAAAAAUUUUGAACUUAUUGAAUGGGCACAAAAUAUUCAACAAAAUCAUCAAUAUCGUAUACAUGAUGGUGAUAUUUAUUUAUGGUUACGAUAA